AUUGUAAGCAUUGGCAAGUUAAUUGCAUCGAUAUCGGAUAGAAUCGUGAAAUUGCAACCGUGUCGUUUUUAUUGGUUUUGCGGGAUUGCAACCGCGUUGCGAAGCGUGUGCGGCUUGUGACGGCGCGAUGGGAGGGAAAGUAAAAAAAGUUCCUGUCGAUAUCCCCGCGUUUGAUAGGCACGAGCGCCAAACUGCGGAGUCUGGGGGAAGGUGAAAACGUUGUAAAAAGAUCCAGUGACCGUUCGCCGGCCGUGGAGAUAAGUCGAGGUGGGAUUGUUCUUCGUUACGGUGCUGAUCUCAUACCUAUUUGUCAAACAGUUGGACAGUUUCUUUGACGAUUGUGUUGUAAGGAAAGUGAUAGCACAACAAUGGGUGAUAAAAAGACUGAACAUAUUGUUAUGACACCAAAGUGCAAAACCGCAAAGUCCACUACACUGAUUAUUGAGAGACAGGCACUGGACCCACCCGCUGAGAAUGGAAAUGAGCAAAAUGUUCAUAUAGCCGGUGGAGAUCAUAAAGGGAUUGUCAUUAAUAAACAGACAGCGGCUGUGGCCAAUGGUGCCUCUAAUCCACCACACCUGUGUUUGGAGUUUAGAGUGUUCCUUGUAAGUGCUCAAACUGGUAAACACACCCAAGAAUCUAGAACACUGCAGUUUUGGUUUACGGAGUCGCUUCCAGAAAUUGAACAACCCAGCAUCGCACAAGAGUUCUUCCGUGAACUGGUUAGUCCACAAGAAUUUCCAAGAGACUAUGUCGGAUUUAUAAAGAAAAUUAUGAAACUAAUGCAGCAUAAGUACACUACCAUACAGAAGCUUGAAGUUGAACUGAGGCAACUCGAUGAACCAAUUAAUCUUCCCACCAGACCACUGUCUGCAGAUGAAACUGCUAUGGGUCAAAUUGUGGAGCUUACCUUGGAGAAGGUCUUGGAACUCAUCGAAUCUGCCUAUCCAAAUCCUGUCACCGUUACCGACAUGGCCAAGGAACAUGGCUGGGAACCUGCUGCUGUCGAAGCCAAACUUAAGAUAUUGCAAGAAAAGGGUGUUGUUAAGGCCAUGGAACAUGGAGCAUACACAAGAGUCGUACAUCAAGAUACGCACAUUAAGGUCGUCAAGCAGAUGCCUACCAUGGCAAGCUCAAAACAACCAACCAUCGCUAUUAUUACUGCUCAAUAUUGUGAGAAACUCGCUGUAGAUUCGAUGAUCGAGAACAAGGAAACCUUUGUUCGUUACACUACAGUUGGUACAGCGAGCUCCCCGGAUGCCCCCGAUGGAACACCUCGAGUGAUUUGCCGUUUUGGCGAAUCGAAUGUCUACACUUUGGGUAAUAUCGGUGCUCACAGAAUCGUUUGUACGAAGUUACCAAGAGUUGGACACACCAGGGAAGCCAUGACGGCAGCUGGUAACACUACAACUAGAUUAUUAGGUACAUUCCAAAAGGUGGAUUUCGUCUUUCUGGUAGGAGUUGGCGGUGGCGUUCCGCAUUAUACGGAUUAUCAUAAGCACGUCAGACUUGGUGACGUAGUAGUGUCUCAUCCGACUCCGUUGAACAAGAAAUAUGUUUAUGUUUAUUGCGAGAAUGCAAAGCUCGCUGAGAAGGGCUAUCAUUUUGAGACCAAGGAAUAUUGUCCGACUAAUUUAGGGCUACAGGAAAUAGCAGCUAAUCUCAAGUCUCAGGCUGAAAAUGGCACGAAUCCCCCGUGGCAGACAUAUUUGAAUGAAGGAUUGGAUGCCCUGUGUACACAAUCCGAGCAUGACUUUAAAGCGCCGCCACCAGAGUCAGAUAAAUUGUAUAUGGCAAUCGGUGAUAGGGAUGUCAUCGAAGUGGCUCAUCCAAUUGCGCCUCAGGAUUCAACCAAGAAGAGAUUGGAUGGCUGCCCACGUAUACACUUGGCACCUGUUGCAUCCGGUCGUCAAAUCGCCAGGGACGAUCAGCUGCGACAGAAAUUUGCCACGAGGUUUGGCGCCCUGGCCUUUGACGCUGAGAUGGACGCCGUCGUCGAGAGUAUCCUGGGUAACUGUCGUGACAGCUUCGCAGUGGUACGUGGCAUUUCUGAUUACAAAGAUGGUUCCCGGGCAAAGGAAUGGCAACCUUACGCAUCAUUGGCAGCUGCCAGUGUAGUCAAAGCGAUAAUUUGUGCUAUGGACGCGCCAACCAACGUUUAAGUAGCUAGGUAACCAAUGAAUGACUUGGUUCGAGUCAUCGUCCGGGAUCACUAUGCAAUACAACGACCGGACAAUGAUUUUGACUGACUGAAACGGGGUAAUGAAACCAAAAUGCAAUUGGUUUCCCUUUUAUGAUGAUAAUGAAUUAAUGCUGUCAUGUUCUAUUGAAUGUAGAAACUUAGGUGAUAAUAGGAAGACUACGACUGGUCCUUCUUGAUAAUUAGUACAGGACGUCAUUAACGAGCCAAAUGGUUUAUUUAUUAUAGAAUUUCACGUAUAAGUGAUAGAGUUACAUUCUAAGUUCUGUACGUUCUUUAAGGAUGUGCCAUUUUUGAAAAUUUUUACUUUGUGUCUAUUUAAUACUUAGGUAUCGGGAUACCUAAUGUCAAUGCGAUUCUUUUUAUACGAUUCCUUUUUGCCUUUUUACAAUUUCUUACCGAUUUUCACGAAUUUUGCAUAAAUACAAAAGCAGUAUACUUGUAGCAUAAUAGACGAUCGAUUAUUGCGCUCGGUAUACGUUUACAUGCCGCUGCGAUUCAAAUCUAAUUAUACGUAACUGAUAAUCAAUAUCAAAAUAUAGAAAACAAGGGGCCUAAGGCGGAGUAUAAGAAUUACAGUCUGCUAGGUGAAUAAUAGUAGCCAAGGAUUUCUAAGUCAUACUUGUGAGUAACCGGGAACCUAGUGGACCCUGAUAGCAAUUUCGAAAACGUAGAGACUAUAGUAUUUUACGAAUUUGAAGAGAAAAAAAAAGAAGACAGAUGUUUUAAAUAUAUUAGAAACCAAUAGCCGUGAUAGACGAAUAAAAUAGAUGAAGUAUAAUAGCAUUGAUCAAAUCACAAUCAAAUUGUCGUUACACUAUUUACAUUGACUAUUAAAAUCUUUAUCGAUGCGUAUAGCACACUCGCUAUGAAAAUCAUUAUGAUACUUGACCAGAGUGCGAGACUAUUUAAUGAAUUAUUAACGUAGCAGAUCCGACAUGAUGAAAUCAUUUACUAGCACGAAGAAACAUUUUUAUUCUAGUGAUAUAUACGUAACCUAAGGUACGUCUUAUCAGUGAUUAGCGUUAACGGUUAUCAAUAUACGUGCCAAUGUGUUCAUGAAAAAAAAGAAUAUUAUAUGAAAUUUACACUGCCCGCUGUAAAAGCGAGGGCGAAACAUUGACAAGAGGAAAAACUAACCUGACUUUUCGUGACACAAUAAUAUAUACUUGUUACAGGCCGUUCCAUGAACUUUACUCGAUUCAAUUCGGUUAUUAUGAAACCGUUACGUUUUAAUACUUCCAUCCACGCAAUUCCUGAGGUUUCAAACUAUUAUAUUAUAAGGCACAGGGUAGAACGUUGGUACUAAUAGGCACUGCAGUUAGAGCAAGAAAUACAGAUUCUAAAUUGCUAUAUAGAGAUACUUAAUUUUUUUCAAGAACGCUGCGCAGAAUGUUUCUACUGGUUACGUUGUAAAAGUGAAAAAUGUCACGAGAUGAUUGAUCAACCCGUCGAAGACUCUCUGUGUCGCGUUCUUAACGAUAUAAUUCAGUAUCCGUAGAAUAUAUUUUUUAGAUAAUAGAGUUUAAUAUAUAUAUUAAUAUAUUUCGAAAGUAGCGACAAUCCUGUAACUAUAUGUUCGAUACUAAUAGCAAAUCAAUGACGUAUGGGUAAACUGUUCGUUUGGAUUGUCGCUCUUUUUAGUUUAAAGAUAUUUGUAUUUAUUUAUUUAUUGUUUCCCUUUUUUUUUUUUUUGUUGUUGCUCGUACCGACCUUUUAUUAAUUUCCUGACAUUCGACAUUAGCUGAAGGAAUAUUCUUUAGGGAAAUUUUGAUAGGUAACUAUGAGAGUCACUUGUUGUCUAGAUGCACAAUUUUCAAAUUCUAAGAGACAUAGAGAAUUAUUAUCAAUUGUACACAGAAGAACACUAUUAUAUACAAUAUAUUGUAAUAGAUUAUAUUAUAUUGCAUAGAAUAUUUAAUUCUACCUACCUGAUGAGAGAUUCCUACUUAAGGCCUAAUAUUAAUUGUACUUUAGGUAUAUUUAUGUUUACAAGAAGCUUUUGUAUGGAGCUUUAGAUUGUGCACUUGCAUUUAGUCUUAUUAUUAUUAUUAUUCUCGAGUAUCGUGCUUUCGACGCUAGUCGCACUAUUGUGUUUUAGUAUUUUCUAUUAUUUAUUCGAUAUUCAUAGAAUCGAAUGAUGCGCGUAUUGAAUUUGAUUUUUUCUAAAUUUCAUGUAUAAUUGUCCAAUCGAUCAAGUAUUAUCUUUCUCUCAUUACACUUAUGCCGGCCUCUUUUCCUGCUACUUGCUUUGGUAUUAAUUUUAUAGUCUUCCAGUGGGUCAGCCAAUUAUUACUAUUAUUAUCCACCUAACAAUUGAAACCUAAAAAUUAGAGGUUAUGAAAAAAAGUUUUUUUCAUGCAUUCACGAAGAACGCGUUUAACAAUUUUGUUUCAGUUUCAUUUCAAUCUCGAAAUAGCAUAAUGUUUAGUAUGAAGUAAUUAUAGUCACUCCACACGUGUCACGUGACGAAAAUGUGUAGUUCACAAUAAUAUAUUAAAGUCGAUGCGCCAGAAAGCAAAGAGAAAAGAGGAAAUAGCUGAAACAUCAGGAUCAACCGAAUUCUUAUUUAAUGUACUGUUUACACUUGAUGAGAUUUUGUUAAUUGCUACAUUAUAAUCUCUGUACUGUGUGUUUAUACCAUUCUUUGAAAAUAAACGUUUCAGGACACGCACAAACGUA